AGCAAAGACCCUAUAGAAGAGCUCUGCUAUAGGAUCUUUGCUCGGGAGUGUGGUGGAGGAGCGAGGCAGGCUGGGAGAAAAGGUCGGCGAAAAAAAAAAAUUGACGUGGUGUCUGGAGGAGGGUUUACGUCAGGAGAAGCGCCCCUGUGUGUGUGUGUGAAAAAAAAAACUGGUACUUAGAGAGGGGCAGAGGAAGAAGGAGUCCGAAAUAUCUUAAAUAGCAUCGAGCGAAGGGCUUUGUUAUUUGGCGGAGGCGAUUCCAACGACAGAUGAAAUUUCAAUGGCCUGGCAUGGACGUCAUAUCAUAUUUCAAUAGAAUGUGCUGAAUCUGACAAGCUUGUAAAACUGAAGUCGAGCGGAGAGGAUCUAGUUUUGUUUAAGUGGUCAAGAACAUAUUUGAAUUCUUUUCAGCUAUGCACGGAAGCUCGCGGUCGGUGAGUAAAGUGGAGCAAAGUAACCAGAGUCCUGGACGCUCACCAAGACUACCAAGGUCACCACGACUGGGCCACCGGCGAACAAACAGCAGUGGAGGCAAUUCUGGUGCUAAUGCUGGUAGCGGUGGUGGGAAAACUUUGUCCAUGGAGAAUAUCCAGUCACUGAAUGCUGCAUAUGCUACAUCCAGCCCCAUGUAUUUAAGCGAUCAUGACCAUGUUGGUGUAGAUUCGCCCAAGACGACAAUGACAUUGGGUAGAGCUUCUGGACGCUUACCAUUCGGUGUUAGGAUGAAUACCAUGGGAAGCAGUCCAAACAUUGCCACAACUGGUGUGGCUAGUGAUGCCAUAGCUUUUGGAGAACACCACCUACCGCCAACAAGCUUAGCCUCUACUGUACCACAUUCAUUGCGGCAGGCAAGGGAUAAUACAAUUAUGGAUCUGCAGUCACAAUUGAAAGAAGUCCUUCGUGAGAACGAUCUGCUUCGAAAAGAAGUUGACAUGAAAGAGGGAAAGCUCAGCUCUUCCAUGAACAGUAUCAAAACUUUUUGGAGUCCAGAGCUGAAGAAGGAGCGAGCACUUCGUAAAGAUGAGGUGGCAAAGAUGACUAUUUGGAAAGAGCAAUUUCGAGUUCAACAGGAUGAAAACCAGCACCUUCAAAUGACUAUUCAAGCAUUGCAGGAUGAACUCCGAAUCCAGCGGGAUCUGAACCAACUCCUUCAGCAGGACAACAGCAUCCGAACCAGUGAACCAUUUGUCAUUGAGUUGACUGAGGAGAAUUUCCAUCAUCUUCACACUGAACAUGAACGUCAGGCGAAGGAGCUAUUCCUAUUGCGCAAGACUUUGGAGGAAAUGGAGUUGCGCAUUGAGACUCAGAAACAAACCCUUAGUGCCCGCGAUGAGUCAAUUAAAAAACUCCUGGAAAUGUUACAGAGCAAAGGACUUUCCUCAAAGGUGACAGAAGAGGACCAUGAGCGAAUAAGGCGACUAGCUGAAGCAGAGAUGCUUGUGAACCAGUUAGAAAACAUCCUUGAUCAAAAAGAUAAAGAAAAUCAUCAGCUAAGAGAAGAUAUUCAGCGGAGAUGCGAAGUGGCUCCAGACUCUGCCAAGACGAAGGCCUUACAAACUGUUGUUGAAAUGAAGGACAGUAAAAUUUCUUCACUUGAGCGGAAUAUUCAAGAUCUAGAUGAUGAGAUACAUAUGCUCAAGUCAAAUGGAGCACUGAGCACUGAGGAGAGAGAAGAAGAGAUGAAACAGAUGGAAGUAUACAGGAGCCAUUCCAAGUUUAUGAAAAAUAAGGUCGAACAACUGAAAGAUGAGCUAAAUUCCAAAGGGGCCCUGACCGAAGAGCUAAGAAAAAAAGCGACUGCUCUCCAGAUCGAGGUUGAUCAAGUGAAACAGGAGCUUUGCAGAAAGGAGACAGAUCUACUUGCUAUGCAGACCAAACUUGAAAUGUUGGCAAACCAAUUUUCAGACAGCAAGCAGCAUGUGGAGGUGCUCAAAGAAUCGCUUACGGCAAAGGAACAGAGAGCUGCCAUACUGCAAACGGAGGUGGAUGCAUUGCGUCUACGCCUUGAAGAGAAGGAAAGCAUGUUGAAUAAGAAGUCUAAGCAGAUGCAAGAGAUGGUUGAAGAGAAGGGGACCCUAGCUGGAGAGGUUCAUGAUAUCAAGGACAUGAUGGAAGUUAAAGAACGUAAAGUUGUCGUCUUGCAGAAAAAGAUUGAGAACCUCCAGGAACAACUGAGGGAUAAAGAGCGGCAAAUGAACAGUUUAAAGGAUCGUGUAAAAUCAUUGCAGACUGACACCACCAAUACAGAUACUGCCCUAACUACCCUUGAGGAAGCUCUUGGAGAGAAGGAGAGAAUAAUUGAACGGCUUAAAGACCAAAGAGAAAGGGAUGAAAGAGAAAAACAAGAAGAAAUGGAUAGCUACAAGAAAGAGUUAAAAGAAAUUAAAGAAAGAGUCACUGGUCUCCAAGGAGAUCUCUCGGAAAAGGAGUCAGUGUUACUAGACCUCAAAGAUCAUGCCUCGUCUUUGGCGUCAUCUGGAUUGAAGAAGGAUUCCAAGCUAAAAACACUGGAGAUGGCUCUUGAGCAAAAGAAGGAGGAAUGCAAUAAAUUAGAACAGCUACGCAAGACCCUGGAGACGACAAACGAGGGACGAGCCGGUGCUGAUCUCAAUGAGCGUAUCCAGCAAUUGGAGGUGGUGGUGGCACAGUACAGAGAGGAAGCGAACAAAGGCCAAGCAGAAGUAGACAGACUACUUGAGAUCUUAAAAGAAAUGGAAAAUGAAAAAAAUGACAAAGAUAAAAAGAUAGCAGAGCUGGAGAAGCAAAUGAAGGAACAAAGCAAGAAAGUGGCCAACCUAAAGCAUAAAGAACAGGUGGACAAGAAAAAGAAUGCCCAGCUGUUAGAGGAGGCACGUCGAAGGGAAGAUAAUUUAGCUGAUGGCUCCCAUCAGCUUCAGGAUACUUUACGACAAAAAGAUGACCGUAUUGAAGAAUUAGAGGAGGCUUUACGAGAAAGUGUACAGAUUACAGCAGAACGUGAGAUGGUCUUGGCACAAGAAGAAGCUGCAAGGAAUGAUUCUGAGAAACAGGUGGAAGAGUUAAUGACAGCGAUGGAAAAAGUGAGACACGAACUGGAACUGAUGAAGACUAAGCUGUCCUCUACCCAGCAGUCCCUCGCAGAAAAAGAAGCUCACCUCACAAACCUGCACGCUGAGAGACGGAAGCAUCUCGAAGAAGUCCUUGAAAUGAAGCAAGAAGCACUACUCGCAGCCAUCAGUGAGAAGGACGCUAAUAUCGCCCUGCUGGAGCUCUCCUCAUCGAAGAAAAAGAAGACGCAGGAGGAGGUGACGUCACUGAAGAGGGAGAAGGACAGGCUGGUGCAGCAGCUCAAGCAGCAGACCCAGAACAGAAUGAAGCUGAUGGCCGAUAAUUAUGAGGAGGACCAUUUGAAAUCUUCAGCACAAGCCGAGCAAACCAACCAUAAACCCUCUCCAGAACAGAUCGUCCAGUCACUAUUAGAACUGAACCAGAAUCGCAGUAAACUGAAGCUGUACAUAGGACACCUCAUGGCUUUGUGUCAGGACCGUGACUCACAGAUUCUUCAAGGAUUGACACCACCUCCAGCGUAUGGUGGCAUUGAUAACAACAGGGCAAUGUGGGAGGAAGCACUGCAGAAGAUGACCUCAGAGCAGCUGAACGCUGAGCUUGAACAGUGUGAGAAAGAAAGUUCCCAACUUCAGGACUACGCCAACACCAUCCUCCAGCAGAUUGCCGACCACUGCCCUGACAUCCUUGAACUGGUAGUCAAUGCCUUGGAAGAAUCUUCGUGAGUCCCCGUGAUUGGACAUCAGUGCUGAGCUAAGAAAGAAAAAUGUUGCUGUCGAUUUUUUUAGAAUUUGUAUUUGUUUCUUUAAAAUUUCUUACGGUCACGUGACAUGGAUCACACUUACUGCAAAUAAAUGUUCUAUGCAAAUUUUGAUAACAGAAAAGGCAAGGCACCAAGUUACAGCUGUUUCCGUUGAACCCUUUAGAUCCUAAAAUAACUGUAAACCCCCUUAGUGUUAAAUCCACAAAGGGGUGUGAGGAUAUGGAAUUUCAUAACUCUCUUACAAUUGCUUGAGUUUUGUAUUAUUACUACUAAGUUCUCUGUCUUGGGCACACGAACUGCAAUUAUUCCAAUGACACCUACAUUGGCUCAUUGUCACAGUAGCCCUCUGGAAAAUAGACAUGUUCCAUUCUAUAUCUUAUCGCACAAGGUUCUCCAUGGUUCCUGGCUUGAGUUUAACAAAGUGCAAAAAAACAGAAUAAUAGGGCCCAAUAGGUCUUGUUAUAUAGCAGUAUUUUGAUGACUAGCUCAGUCUAACUCUACAAAAAUGCUGUCAUCAAUUCUGUGGAGCAGUGAUUCAAACAAAGUAUUAAUCUUUUCAAUUGGUGUGCCUGAGCUGGAAUCCCAAUAGAACAGAUUAUUCUUUCUUAUUUUUACUGGUUUCCUCAAAGGGCCUUGAUACUUGAAAAUAUUUCAUGUCAUUUAUUUUAGGUUCUAAAGGGUUGUCGCAAUGCACUAACAGAAUCUUCCCGGCCCACUGCAGCUCUGGGUGGCAUCAGCACUGUUAAUUCCUAUGGUGCAUAAGUACAGCAAACUACGGUUAUACAUUCUAAAGUAAAACUGGUGUUUAGCAACGACAUGGAACCUCCAUUCUCUGCCACAGAGUGCAAUGGAAAUUGGCAGACAAGCAAAAACCACCAAAUUUUGGCUUUAGCCGUAUAAUGCGAAAACACAUUCAGGCUGAAGCAUGAAGCAGCACAUAUGUAAAUAAUAUGAAUUGCAUGGACUGUCUUUAUGAUGUGCGACUUAUGCUAUUCAUUAGGAGAGUAUAGUUAGUGGGCUGCAAUACAAGUUUAUCUCUCAUGCAACCAAUUGGCCUUUGGCAAAUUCUAACACAUAAUUAGGAAGACAAUGUUUAAUUGAAGUGUAGAUAACAGAGGUCACGUCGUGUGCAUAAAGACACUUGUAACUUAACUCCGCACAAAGCAAAUACUUAAAGCACAGCACUGCCAAAACUGUACUUGUCAGUCCAUCUAAAGGAACUUUGCAUUUGUGGACGACAUCCCCCUCUCCGACAGUACACUCUUAAAAUAUUUGUCUCCUUUGCAACACUAUAUUGUGAUUUACUAGUGCAAUUGAUGCCACUUUUUAAUGCAUGGUUUUAGUUGUUCCACAGUGCCACCAGGGCAUUGAGAAGGUUGGGAAUUUGAAUUGUCAUAGCCUUUUAACACUAGACAAGUGUUGUCCAAAUGAGGGCAGAUCUGUCACCAAUUUUUGAUAAGACUCCUUUGAGAGGAAUGAGCAGCCAAGGACACUGUCAUUGUAGUGGAGUUCAAAUAGCGGUGAAUGAAAUCCAUUCUGAGAAAAUGCCCUGGUAAUCUGCUUUACGUUUGAUCAAUUUUAUACAUACAUUAUUCCAAAUAUUCUUGUUAGAUCAAUGGUCUGAAUUCUGUAGAACGACAUAAUGUUUUGAUAUUUACAUUGUUACAAUGACUAGGUCACUUUAAUUCAAUGCCUUAAACAUUAAACAUUCAAGCUAUGUGCUGGGCAUUUCCUCUUCAGGUAAUAUUUAGUAUUAAUUAGUAAACCUGAAGUUUAGGUGAUAUGCUGUUGUUUGCUCAUGUAAAAAUAUAGCAAUUCAGAAUCAGAGUCCCCAAGAGUCUGAAUGAGCGAUAGAUGACUGACACAGCAAACAACAGUGUUUCGAGUUACACUUAAGAAAUAAAUAGGAAUAGUUUUGUGCAGAAGACAGCCAUUAAAAUAGCUAUUGAAUCAUAGUCAAUUAAAGUUUGAAGCUGAAAUUAGAGAGUUGAAAAAUUCAAACCACUAAUAAGGAAUCAAAGACAUAGGGUUAUACUGCAUGGAAAAGGAGCCCUCUGGUUCAUUGAAACCAUACUAACCAUCAUACAUCCAUGAGGCAGAAGCACAUUUAGUUACAUCUGUAUCAAGGCUGUUAUUAUACAACAUUUUAUGAAUGUCACUUUCAGUAUUUCAUUUGAAAAAUUCUAUGCAAACAAAUACUAAGCUUAGCCUCUGAUGCUUUUUGUUAACUGAUUAAAAUAAAUUAUAACAAUGCUCUAAAACAUGCAUAUAUGUCUCACAAAGUCUCAAAUCUGUGUGCUAGAUUUGCAUUAAUAAUCGACUGCUAAAAGUGGACACUUAUUUUUAAACCGUUCUGGCCACAUAAUGAUAUUCUGUAAAUUGAGAAAAAAUAUUUCUUAUUAGAUCUAAUUCCUGCUUAGCAUAUAUCCCAUGAACAUGCUUGGGGAAAGGUGGUGUACAGCAAUAUAUACAGUUAUUCAAUGUGCCUAGAGUUAGUGUGUGCAGGUAUAUUGGAUCACAGUAGAGUGUACAAAUACACUAAACUUUGGUCAAGUAUACAGAUGCACUGGACUAUGUUACGGUCUACAGAUACAUUGGAUCGUGCUGGAGUAGGCUGGACUGUGGUAAGAUAGACAGAUACGUAUGCUUGGCUGUAGUAGGGUGGACAGAUGGGCUUGGCCAUGGUAGGGUCUAUAGACAUGGAUGCCCAUGGCUGGAGGUACAGAUAUGCUGGACUAUGAAGCUCAGUUUAUGAUGCACUGAUACAUUGGGUGCUGGUUUCUAUUAAGAGAUGGAAUAUGUGAUUUAUUAGCAAGAAUUUUACAGCACAGAUGGCAUAUGACAAUGUU